AUGGCCGCCCAGGCCGUCCUCUUCGGCGCGCCGCCGUCGCCGCACACGCUCUGGGCACAGAUGCACGCCGGCGCCGCGGCGCCGUGGCAGCUGGCGGCGCUGCACCUGGCGCGCCUGCUGCCCGCGGCGCUCAUCCUGCUCCUCGUGCUCGCCUCGCUGCUGCGCCCCGUCCCCGUGCCCGUCAUCGUGCGCGUGCGCUCGCGCCGCCGCCUGCUCACGCACUUCCUGCUCCUCUCGCUCGCCGCCACGCACCUCGUCGCCGGCGUGCUCAUCGUGCUGCGCGCCGUGCUGCCGCCCAAGACCUGGACGCCGGCCCUGCCGCGCUGGGGCGGCGCCGACUCGGCGGCGCUGCUCGGCGUCAUCGCCUGGGCCGCCGUUGCGGCGGCGUGCCAGUGGGAGACGCGCGCUCGCGGCGCAUACGGGCGCGGCAAGGUGCUCGGUGCACUGGCAAUUGGUGUGCUCGGCGAUGGUGCACUGCUCGGCCUCUACGCCUCGUCGGCCGGGCCGGCGCGCCCGCCGACGAUGGGCCCGUGGACCCUGGCGCAGCUGGCGCUGCCGCUGCUGCGCCUCGCGCUCCUCUACCCGGCUGCGGCGCUGGCGUGCAUGGAUGCGCAGCGCUUUGUGCGCGCCAGCGAUCUGCACGCCAAUGCCGCCGCUCGGGCCGCCGAGGAGCAGCAGCCGUCCAGCAGUGCGGGCCGCUCGGCGCCUGCUGCCGCCGAGGGCAGCGCACUGCUCAACGCGACGUCGUCCAACGGCUACGGCGCGACGGGCACCAGCACGGCGUCCGGCUCUGCGACAGCGACGCCCAAGCCGGCACGUACGGCCGCGUCUGAGGCCGCUGCUGCCAAUGCCUCGAUGGGCCUCAGCGUCUCGGCACAGCCGCCGCCGCCGACGCUGCGUGUCUUCUUCGCACGGCUCAAGCUGCUCUUCCCGUACCUCUGGCCGCGCGCCUCCGUCACGCUGCAGCUACUUGCGCUCGCCUGCGCCGUGCUUCUCGUGCUCGGCCGCUUCGUGAACCUCUACGUGCCGCUCACGCUGGGCCGCGUCGUCGACGACCUCGCCUCGGGCAUGCCGCCGUGGUGGCACAUUGCGCUGUACGCGGCGCUCAAGGCGCUGCAGGGCUCCGGAGGCCUGCUCGGCGUGCUGCAGGGCUACGCAUGGAUCCCCGUCGAGCAGUACUCGGACCGCGAGAUCAGCAUUAUGUCGUUCGAGCGCCUGCUGGACCUCAGCAUGAGCUUCCACACGAAGCGCAAGACGGGCGAGGUGCUGCGCAUCCUCGACCGCGGCGCCGUCAUCUCGUCGUUCUUCCAGUACCUGCUCUUCCAGGUCGUGCCGAUCUUCGUCGACCUUAGCGUCGCCGUCAUCUUCCUGGGCAUGCGCUUCGGCCUGCUCGUCGGCAUUGUGCUUGGCCUCAUCAUGGUCGUCUACACGUGGGUCUCGGUCAAGAUGACGACGUGGCGCACGGCGCUGCGCCGCCAGGCCAACAAUCUCGACAGCAUCUCGCGCGCCAUCCACACCGACUGCCUGCUCAACUGGGAGGUCAUCAAGCACUUCAGCGCCGAGUCGUACGAGGUCGAGCGCUACCGCUCGAGCCUGCUCGCGUACCAGAAGGCGUCCUUCAAGGUCACGGCCAGCCUGUCGCUGCUCAACAUGGUGCAGAACCUCAUCGUCACCGUCGGCACGCUGCUCGCUUCCCUCAUGGUCGCCGCCGCCGUCGUGCGCGGCGACGCGACGUCGAGCGACUUUGUCGUCUUCCUCACGUACCUGGCGCAGGUCGUCGCGCCGCUCAACUGGCUCGGCACGCUGUACCGCGUCAUCCAGACGAACCUCAUCGACACUGACAAGCUCAUGCAGCUGCUGCAGGAGGAGUCAGACGUGCGCGACGUGGACGGUGCCAAGGACCUCGUCGUCACGGAAGGCGUCAUUGAGUUCCGCGACGUCGUCUUUGCCUACGGGCCCGGCCAGAACAACGCGCUCAACGGCGUCAGCUUCCGCAUCGACCCGCGCUCGUCGUGCGCGCUCGUCGGCGAGAGCGGUGCUGGCAAGAGCUCCAUCCUGCGCCUGCUGUACCGCUUCUACGACAUCCAGUCUGGCGCGAUCCUCAUCGACGGCCAGGACAUCAGCCAGGUGACGCAGGCCUCGCUGCGCCGCGCCAUCGGCGUCGUACCGCAGGAGCCGUCGCUCUUCAACAUGGACGUCAAGCACAACAUCCUCUACGGCGACGUCAAUGCGUCCGACGAGGCGGUCGAAGCCGCAGCACGCGCCGCGCAGAUCUGGGACCGCAUUCUCAGCUUUCCGGACGGCCUGGCGACGGUCGUAGGCGAGCGUGGCGUGCGUCUCUCGGGCGGUGAGAAGCAGCGCGUGGCCAUCGCGCGCACCUUCCUCAAGAACCCGAAGAUCCUGCUGCUCGACGAGGCCACAUCGGCGCUCGACUCGGCGACCGAGCACGCUCUGCAGACCGCGCUCUCUACGCUCAUGAACGGACGCUCUUCUCUGACCAUCGCGCACCGUCUCUCCACCAUUGUGGCCUCGGACAACAUCGUGGUGCUCGACGCCGGCCGCGUCGUUGAGUCGGGCAGCCACGCCGAGCUCGUUCAGCGCAACGGCCUGUAUGCGUCGAUGUGGCGCGCGCAAAUCAACGACGCCAAGGACGCAGAGGCGCUCGCGGAGCAGAAGGAGGCCGAGGCCGAGCCGGAGUCGAGCAAGAGCGCAGACGCGGACGAGCCGCUGGCAGAGGCUCCGGCAGUGGCGCCCAAGGGUUUCCUGGGGAUCGUGCCGCCGUCCAACCCUGCCGCUGGCCCGGUGCCAGACUCGCUGUCACCCACGUCGCCUGCGCAAGCGGCUCCAGAAGCCUCGUCAUCGAGGCUUCCGACCAUCGCUGCAUCGCCGGCUGCCUCGGACAACGCGCCCGAGGCAACCGCUGACGAUGAGACUGCGGCAGCGCCGAACGAGGCCAAGGAGGCUGCGCCGUACGCCGUGGACGCCGAGGCCAGCAAGCCUGAGGAGACUCCGGUGCUGGCGCCGGACGCUGUUCCGAGUCAGGCGACGCCGGUCAAGUUCCCGAAGCGCGACGAGAGCGUCCCGGCCGCUGAGCCGCCGGCGACCACGUCAAGCUUCUCCACCCGCUCCUCACCGACGAACACGCGCCUCGAGCGCGUCGAGUCGAGCGGCGACACAUCGCUUGCAGGUGGCGCAAGCGAGUCGCCCUCGCGGCUGCGCACGCGCAUUGCAUCGAUGCUGCGGCGCAGCUCGUCGAUGUCGUCGCCCUCUGCCGACGCGCCAGCCACCGGCAGCGCGUCGUCCUCGCCGCACGCCAGCCGUGCAGGCUCCGAGGCCCAGCAGCCGGGCAGCGCUGCCGCUGCCAACGCACUGUCCGCACGGCGGGAAGCGAGCAGUGCGACGCAGAGUAGCAGCGCCACUGCCAGCGGAUCGGCGUCGCCUGCCGCGGCCGCCGGUGCUUCAGCGGCUGCGGAAGGCGCAAACGGCCAGAGCUCCAAGAAAAAGAAGAACCGCAGGAAGAAGGCCGGCAAGAAGUGAGCUGACCGGCGAUCCACCACCCUCAUCUGCUCUUCAAGCGGCCCCUCGAGAUGCAGCCUGCACACGCGCAUUUACAAUAUGGAGAGGUUGAUUGCAUAAUGAGCC